AUGUCGCCCUCUAUCCUCAUGGACACUUCCGACGACUUCGUCAUGCCCACAUCCAAAGUCCCUCAAACCCUCAAACGAACACUGCUGCUUUCGCCACCUUCAAUAUCAUCCCACCAAGAGAAAUUGACCAGCGUCUUACAAAGCUAUGAUAGAUCAGUCACGGACUUGCAGAUGCUGGAUAGGCUGUCAGUGGGGCUGGUUUCGCUCCCUUCCUCAACCUAUGACCUCAUUCUGAUCCUUUCCGAUGCGGAUGGAUCUCGCCGCGAAAGCCAACCUCUCCUCGGUCGGGCGGUGUUUUCUCUGCUGGUUGCAGCAUUGAAGGACGGUGGACAACUCCGCAGCCAGGAUGGGCAACUUGGGGAAUAUGAUAUUGCUGAGAAAAAUGAAGGCAUUCUUGCUGGACUGUCCUUCGAAUCUGGAGUGGGAUUCGUCAAGCCCAAGGCUUGCGCGCAGGAGACUGUCCCAUUGAAAUUUGGAAGGAAGAAUGCCUCUCAAGCAGCAGGUGGACUUCGCAAUGGAAAUGUGGACCAUGUCUCUCUGCCCUUGAGUGGAAAGCGGAAGGUUGAAGAAGAAGUUCCAGCGGGUGUGGGCUUCGACGACGGAAACAACGGCUCAGAUGAUGAGCUAAUCGAUGAAGAUGAGUUGAUGGAAGACGAGGACUUCCAACGACCGAUCAAGAUUCCAACCGAGUGUCAACCCAAGGCCAAGAGGCGACGAGCGUGCAAAGAUUGCUCAUGUGGACUGGCAGAAAAGUUAGAGGCCGAGGAUCGCGCGAAAAGGGAGAACGCAGACAAAACACUCAACGCGUUGAAACUACAAGCGGAUGAUCUUGCCGAGGUUGAUUUCACAGUCCAAGGCAAGGUCGGCAGUUGUGGAAACUGCAGUCUAGGGGAUGCCUUCCGCUGCGACGGAUGUCCAUAUAUCGGGCUCCCAGCUUUCAAGCCUGGCGAGGAGGUGCGCCUCUUGAACAAUGACAUUCAAUUGUAA